AUGCUGAAGGGUGCUGCCCAGAGUGAGUUGGUUCCUGGCACUGGAGCACACUUUAAUCUGCGCAUGAGGAGAGACACAACGCUGUUUGCUCCAGACCUGAAAGUGGAGGUCUCCGGGGAAGAGCUGCCCUACGACACCUCACACAUCUACACAGGAGAGCUCCACGGUGAGAAGGGCAGUCUGACCCACGGCUCCAUCAUUGAGGGGAGGUUCGAGGGCUUCAUCCAGAGUCACCAGGGCACCUUCUACGUGGAGCCAGCCGAGCGCUACCUCAAGGACCGCAGAGUUGCCUACCACUCCGUCAUCUACCACGAGGAUGACAUCCAUUACCCCCAUAAAUAUGGGGCAGAGGGAGGAUGUGCUGAUGAAUCCAUUCUGGAGAAGAUGAGGAAGUACCAGGCGACUGGCAUAGACGAACCUGACAACCAUGAUGACGAUGAGCGGUCCGAUGGCCCUUUGAUUCUGAGGAAACGACGUGCUGCAUCCAAAGAGCAAAACACAUGCCAGCUGUACAUUCAGACUGACCACCUGUUCUUCAGAUACUACGGCACUAGAGAGGCCGUCAUCGCCCAGAUCUCCAGCCAUGUAAAAGCCAUUGACUCCAUUGCAGGCACAGACUUCCUGGGCAUUGAGCUUAUCAGCUUCAUGGUCAAAGAAUCCAGGAUCAACACCACUAUAGAUGAGAAGGAGAGGUCCAACCCAUUCCGGUUUCCCAACAUCGGCGUAGAGAAGUUUCUGGAGCUGAACUCGGAGCAGAACCAUGACGACUACUGCCUGGCCUACGUCUUCACCGACAGGGACUUUGACGACGGUGUGCUGGGACUCGCCUGGGUCGGGGCGCCCUCAGGCAGCUCAGGCGGUAUCUGUGAGCGGAGCAAACUGUACUCUGAUGGGAAGAGGAAGUCUCUGAACACCGGCAUCAUCACCGUCCAGAACUACGCAUCCCAUGUGCCCCCCAAAGUCUCCCACAUCACCUUCGCACACGAGGUCGGACACAACUUCGGCUCACCGCACGACUCGGGCCUGGAGUGCACCCCUGGCGAGGCCAAAGUGCAGGAUAAGAAGGAGCGUGGCAACUACAUCAUGUACGCACGCGCCACCUCCGGGGACAAGACCAACAACAACAAGUUCUCCAUCUGCAGCGUCCGCAACAUCACGCAGGUGCUCGAGAAGAAGAGGGGCAGCUGCUUCGUCGAGUCUGGCCAGCCUAUCUGUGGCAAUGGCCUGGUGGAGGCCGGCGAAGAGUGUGACUGCGGCUACAGUGACCAGUGCAAGGACAUGUGCUGUUUCGAUGCCAACCAGCCAGAGGGCACCAAGUGCAAGCUCAGGCCAGACGCAUUCUGCAGUCCUAGCCAGGGUCCGUGCUGUACCCGUGAGUGCAACUUUAGGGGCAGCACUGCCAAGUGCAGGAACGACAGCAGUGUGCCUACCCCUGGAACCAACUUCAAUGCCUGACCCCAGUGCCCCAUGCCUGCCCCCAAAGCAAACUUCACCAUCUGCCACAGCGAGACGCAAGUCUGCAUCAACGGGGUGUGCUCUGGGUCUAUCUGCUCUAAGUAUGGGCUGGACGUGUGCACAUGUGCCAGUAAGGAGGGCAAGGAUGAGAUGGCAGAGCUGUGCCACGUCUGCUGCAUGGAAAAGAAUAAGCCAGAGACCUGCAGCAGUACAGGGUCUGAGAAGUGGGUGCACAACUUCCAGAACAAGGUGAUCACGCUGCAGCCGGGCUCGCCCUGCAACGACUUCAAGGGCUACUGCGACGUCUUCAUGAAGUGUCGCCUGGUGGACGCCGACGGACCCCUCGCCCGGCUCAAGAAGGCCAUCUUCAACCCCGAGCUCUACGAGAACAUCGCCGAGUGGAUAGUGGCUUACUGGUGGGCGGUGUUGUUGAUGGGCAUUGCGCUCAUCAUGUUGAUGGCUGGGUUCAUUAAGAUCUGCAGCGUACACACACCGAGCAGCAACCCCAAACUACCCCCUCCCAAACCACUACCAGGUACGCUGAAGCGGCGGAGGCCUCAGCACGCCCAGGCGCAGACCCAGCCCCAGCGGCAGAGGCAGCCCAGAGAGAGCUACCAUAUGGGGCAGCUGCGGCGCUGAGCCCCCCCCUGCCGCCCCGCGCCUUGCCUUGGUUCUUCUAGUGCCUACCCUGGGAACAGUCCACUCCAAAGAGCUACUAGCAGUCAGUCAGUCAGCCCGGACGACACAACAACCCACUUCAGCAGCGUACACACACGCACACACACACACGCACACAGGCUUACUCACAAACAGACAAAUGGCUAUAGCAUCACACACACACACACACACACACACACACACCUUCCAACCAACCUGUGGUCCGCUCUGCUUUCUGUUUGUUUUUUUUUCGUUUACCUCUCUGUGUGAGUCAGCGGUCGGAGCGAGAGACCUGAAGCCACUGCUGUACAGACUACAGGCAGAGAGCAGAGGAUGACAAGAAAGACCUGCAUGAAGAAGAAGAAGAAGAGGAGGAGUGAAGUGGCGGAAGAGGAAGCUGUCGUUUUCUGACCUCCGCUCUUCCUGUUUAUUGGCUCCUGACCCCACAUCACCUUUUCUUUUCUUCCGCUGCAGAGACAAACGAGAGGGUUCCUUUUUUCUCUCUUUUUGUUUUGCUCUUUGGAUCCUUUUUUUAAUCCCUCAGUGUGUGUGGGGAGAUAAAGCAGUGCUGGUCACAUGGGACCACCAUCAGCCAAUCACGGCCAAGGGGCUUGACAUAGAGCUCAGAAUGGGCGGGACUUGAUAAUCAUUUUUUUGCCAAUGUAAUUUAAGAGGCGGAGUUAUUUUAAAGAUCAGAGAAUCAAGUGUACCACAAACUGCAGGCUUAUAUUCCUCUCGCUUCCAUGGGCUGUGCUUUUCUGUUCUUCUUUUCUGAUUUCCUGCGUGCAAUUGUACAGAUAUGGCAAAGUAGAUAUGUUUUAUUAUUGUUUGUUUUCUUUUGGGGUUCUUGUUUUUGUUUUUCUUUCUUUUCUUCUGAAUAUGUUUCAUUUUUGUCUGCUGUUUCAUAAAGAUUUUUACUGUUUUGACUCUCAGGAUUAUAAAAGACAAAUAAAGAAAUGAGUGAAUGAUAGAGAGACCAGAGAAGAGAGGAGAAGAGGAAGAGACAGAGAGAGGACAGGAAAGGAGAAGAGAGGAGAGACACUCACAUCUGACCAGCAGGCUUAUCAUGUUACUUUUUUUAGAAAUCUACACAGUGUGUGAGUGUGUGUGAGAGAGAGAUAGAGAUGGAGGGGGGAGGAGAGACCUCUUUAGAGUUAAAACUACAGCCAUGUGCACAGCCUGGAAACAGGAAGUGGGAGGAGUCAGUGGCACAGAGGGGCAGGGCCUUAAGAGUUGCACAUGCCCAGUAGGGUUCAGUGUCUACUGAUGAUUGUAGAUGCAUAGCAUUUGGUCUGACCUUGAACUGUCAUCAUCAUCAUCAUCAUCAUCAUCGUCAUCAUCGUCAUCAUUGUAAGGAUGGUUUUAUGGGAUGUUUUUACGGCACUGACUUGAGUUCAGUUGUGUGGUGUGGUGCUGCCUCCUCUCAUCUGCGACUGCCAUGUCAACUGUCAAUCAUAUGAGCCACUGUCAGCAAAAGAUUGUCCAGUCUCUCCCCUAGAGGAGCAGAGAGAAAGAGAGAGAGAGAGAGAGAGAGAGAGAGAAAGAGAGGUAGAGAGAGAGAAAUUCACUUCAUUAUUGUUUGUAUUGUCUUCUCAUUGACGGCUGCCCUGAUGUAACUCCAGCUUUAGUUUUUGUUUCCCUGUAUAAGCUUUAGUGAUGGGUAGAUGAAACUUCACAUUACUUAUGUGUCUGUCUGUGUGUGUGUGUGUGUGUGUGUGUAAAAGUGUUAGAUGAACCAUGCUGUGUGUCCUUCACAUCACGUCUUUUCUAACCUCACCACAGGACAGCCACCUCCACUCAGCGCUCAUAACCACUUCAUCACUCUUUAUCACUCGUCCUCUUCCUCUCUCUCUCACAGCAUCAGGUUGUUGUUUCCACUGAAUGUCCAGUAAGAAUGUGACUGCAGCUCCAUCACUGACCUCCUGCUUCUGACGGCCUGUGUGCUUGUGUAGUUGACUCUGCUGUAGGCUGGACUGGUUUGCACCGAGCAAACGGACUUUCUGUUUCGGCUGGUGUAUUGAUUGAUUUGAUGUUUGGUUAUUGAUUGAUUGAUUCAUUUGAUUUGAUUGAUUGAUUGAUUGAUUGAUUUGAUUGAUUGAUUGAUUGAUUGAUUGAUUUGUGUUGAAAGUACUGCCGCGAAGAGAUCGAAUGCAAAUAGCUGUUCUUAUUUUUUUUUUUUUUUUUUUUAUCAAGUGUCCAUCUUUUCUGGCUGAAGUCCUGUAUCUCCCUUCCCCAAGCCAGUAGGUCAGUGGGCACGAGACAGGGCAACCUGGUGCAGCAGAAGUUUAUAUGCUCUGUGUGUGUGAGAUCCUUUCCAUCUUUCUCUCGGAAGAUCACCAUAGCAACCCACCACGGCUGGGACUCCUUGAGAGCACCUUCUGACCUCUGACCUCCAUGGAGAGGUGAUGGUGCACAGAAACAGCAGAGGUUUUUUUUAGGCUGCACAAGAAGGUCAAGAGUGGCAGUGAAUGACUUUCCUGUUUUUUGUUUGUUUGUUUGUUUGUCUGUUUUUGUCAGCAUGUGUUACUUGGACACUCUCUCUCUCCCUCCCUCCUUCCCUCUGUCUGGGUGCUAUGUGAUGACGUUGAGUUUGCUCACUCACCUCUCACCUCUGCAUGUGGAGUUGGGCGAGAACAGGUCUCAGAGCAGACAAGAGCCAGAGUCAUGCCUGAAUUCCUCUCCUCCUGCUUCCUACUUCCUGUUUCCUGUUUCUUCUCCCCUUCCUCUCAUCUGUGCCCUGGGCUGCAGACUGGUUAGCGCUCAUGUAGCCUCCUCUAUGCUGAUACAUCCAUCCAUCCACUUCAGUUGGGUUUCUGUUAGGUUUUGUUUAUCUCUUCUGUGGUAAUAGUUUGGGGGGUGGGGGAGGGAUCUUUCUUAAAUAUUGUGUUUCUGCUGGGAAACUGCACUGAGAGGAGAAAUGAAUGCAUAGGUAAAAUUUUGGGACAAGGGUUUUUUUAGAGGGGAUGGGGUGCAUUGAUGAGUUUGGAAUAGAGGGUAAGAGGUGAAAGUCUGAUACUACUGUCUGAUUUUAAAAAGCCGCUGUGUUUUAUACAGUAUCUACUUUCUUGUUUUUGUUUGUUUGUUUGUUUUAAACUUUUUUUUUCUUUUUCUUCCAUCGCGCUCACUUUGGAAAUUUUUACUAAAUUUGCAAAAAGUAUUGUGCAAAGAUAUGUAAUUUUUGAAGUACUUGAAAAUGCAUUAAUAAAAAUAGAAUUUGA